GCCGCUCGGUGGUGGGGAGCCAGUGGCUGGGCUUCACGAUGAACGAGGCGGACGGGCUGCGGCAGCGCCGGCCCCUGCGGCCGCAGGUCGUCACGGACAAUGAGCAGGCUCCGGAGACCAAGGACGGCAGCUCCUUCAGUGGCAGAGUUUUCCGAAUGACUUUCUUGAUGCUGGCUGCUUCACUCACUGUUCCCCUGCUUGGAGCCCUGAUGCUGCUGGAUUCUCCGAUAGACCCGCAGAGUCUUAGCUUUAAAGAGCCCCCUCUCUUGUUUGGUGUUCUGCAACCAAAUACGAAGUUGCAACAGGCAGAAAGGAUAUUUGAAAAUCAACUCAUUGGGCCUGAGUCCAUAGUGAAUAUUGGGGAUGUGAUGUUUACUGGCACAGCAGAUGGUCGGGUUAUAAAACUUGAAAACGGGGAAAUAGAGACCAUUGCCCGGUUUGGUUCAGGCCCAUGCAAGACCCGAGAUGAUGAGCCGGCCUGUGGGAGACCCCUGGGCAUCAGGGCAGGACCCAAUGGAACUCUUUUUGUGGUUGAUGCAUACAAGGGACUGUUUGAAGUCAAUCCCCGGAAACGUCAAGUGAAAGUGCUGCUAUCUUCCGAGACGCCCAUUGAGGGGAAGAAAAUGUCCUUUGUGAAUGACCUCACCAUCACUCGGGAUGGGAGGAAGAUUUAUUUUACGGAUUCCAGCAGCAAGUGGCAGAGACGCGACUACCUGCUCCUGGUGAUGGAGGGCACCGACGAUGGACGCCUCUUGGAAUAUGAUACUGUGACAAAGGAAGUGAAGGUUUUGUUGGACCAGUUGCGGUUCCCUAAUGGAGUCCAGCUUUCUCCUGAGGAAGACUUUGUUCUAGUGGCAGAGACAACCAUGGCCAGGAUACGAAGAGUCUAUGUGUCUGGCCUGAUGAAAGGAGGGGCAGAUAUGUUUGUGGAGAACAUGCCUGGAUUUCCUGACAACAUCCGGCCCAGCAGCUCUGGAGGGUACUGGGUUGCCAUGUCAUCCAUUCGUGCCAACCCUGGGUUUUCCUUGAUAGAUUUCUUAUCUGAGAAGCCUUAUAUUAAAAGAAUGAUUUUUAAGCUGUUCAGCCAGGAGACGGUGAUGAAGUUUGUGCCACGAUACAGCCUCGUCCUUGAAAUCAGUGACAGCGGUGCCUUCCGGAGAAGCCUGCAUGAUCCUAAUGGGCUGGUGGUCACCUACAUCAGUGAAGUGCACGAGCAUGAUGGACACUUAUACCUUGGCUCCUUCAGAUCCCCCUUCAUCUGCAGACUCAGCCUCCAGUCUGUUUAGCUAGCCCAGCCGCUGCCCAUGUGCAUGCCAGGACUCGUCACACUUGGCUACCACACCCUGCCCAGGAGGAGCUGCGGAAGCAGCUCUGUACCCGUGUUCCUGUCAGCCCUCAAAGGUGCAGUGGAAUAGCCACUGCGACCCCUGGGGUGUUUGGGCCCCAGAGAGCUGCCUCUCAGCUGGGCUUGAUGCCUCCUUUAGAGGGAAGCAUUACAUACCUGCUGCAGGGAAGACGAAUUCAUAGAAAACCAUUUUCUCUUAAAAAACACAUUCUCUAAGAACAAGAAUCCUCUAGAUCUUGAGAAAGUUCAUGUACUUUUCACAGGGCUCGGGGUUUGCUGGAUAGUGCAGGGGACAAGCUGCCCAGGGACCUUACUGCUAGUGCUGGUUCUGUCCUGCCAGCCCCGUUGACUUCAUCCUAAAGUGAUGUCAUCUUUUUUUUGUUUGUUUUUUUUGGUGGGGGCAUGGAAGGGCUAGUGUUGAGGCCAACUGGCAGGGAUUAUGUAAGCUAAGACAUACUGUUCUCAGGGGUUGUGUGGGAUAUGGGCCCUGGGACCCUGGUGUUCUUCCAUGGUAAAAAGGGGGUCUUCCCACUCGCACCUGCUGUGGCCUGGCCUCCCUUCACACCAAAGGUUUUCAAGACUUGAGUGUAUAUCAGAAAAGCAUACCAAUUCUAGAGGCCGAGAAAACUCCACAGGGUUUCUUUCUGUGAAUACCUACCCCACUGGAAUUAGAUAACCAGCAAGUCAGUUCCUACACAGAAGUGGACUUAGGAAUGUUCUUUCUACGCCUUGAUUCCUCACCUCUAGACCAAGAGAUGUGAAUAGUGAUGUGUUGAUGUAAUGUUUACACUAGUAUAAUAAGCCCCACGUUGCUUAUUUCUUGAUAACUACGUCUACACACUGGUCUUAAUUUUGAUAAUAAUAAAUGAUGAUAAAUUUUGCUUUUCUGCUAA